CAUGAUGAUGUCCACCUUCGAGGUUAGCAUCUACAUCGCCGCUUCUUCAUCAAUUGAAUCUAUAGCCUUUUGCUAAUAGUAAUUUUGUUGAGUCUAAUAGUUUGCUAAAACUCAGAGCGGCGUAUUUUCGAACUCGACAGACUCACGUGUAUCCAGAAAGCUAAAGACCUCCUUGUCGAUGACGAUCGGCAGCUAAGAAUGCAUAUGAUGUUCAUUGAUCCUUAUGCGUGCAACUGGCGAUGUUGUUUGCACCGUUCUAGGCAAAGGUCGCCUUUUACCGACAGCGAAGAACAUCUGAUAUUCGAAAUGAUGGCGCAGCAAACACACAGGUGUAAAAAAAGGCUGCAAUACACAAACUGGCUUAGCAAAUUUGUGAAAAAAUCGCGCUUGUGCAGAAUUAACAUCAUGGUCACGACUAAGAGUGAUAAACGUUCACUUAAAGUAAUUAACCCAGGUAAAACUGUUGAGAUGCAACGUAAAGAGAAUAAGCUUCUAGUCAGGAUUUUGGCGCUUCAAUUCGGUAUGGAUGAAUCACAUAUGCUGCAAGUUUUAAAUGACGUUUCUUGGGACGUCGAUUUAGAAGUCGCAAAGGUCAACUUGACGGAAAGUGCGAUCUUUACGUACAAAGUUCGCUUCUGGGCUCACAAAUCAGGCUGGUCAUAUAAAGAUGUAUGGGAGCUUAUAAAGUGCCACGAAUACGACUGGCCUUUAGUUCGCACAAUGAUUAUUUGUUCUAAAAAGGAUUUUUCACCAUUUACCGAUGAGUCUGCCUCUAAAGAGCUAUCCAAUACAUCAUGUCCCUCAGUCUGGCUAAACAAAUCCGCAGAUCUAGACAUUCCAAGCCACUCAAGCACCCCAGAUGGCACAGUCGACUUAAACGGGUCAAAUCUUUCGAGGAACAAUAGCAUCUCAACAGGCCGUAAUAACACAAAAGGCCGUAACACUUUGAAAGACGGUAGCGCCUCAACAAAGGGCAGCUCUUCGAAAAACUGCAUACCUUCUAAAAACCCAGACAGUCCAAACGGUUAUGGCACUUCAAGGAUUGCAAGCACAUCAAAGAGCCAUGAAACGGCAUUGGAACCCCAGGUGACCCAGAUACAUUAGAUACACCGAACGGCCUAGGUUCCUCAAGUGAUCAUGAACGACUGACCAUCCAAGCUCCUCAAUUUUUUCAAAUACCUCAAUGCGUCAAGGCACUUAGGCUGCGUACGCUGGCUCAAAGCCUUCGAACUCUCCUAACCAUUCUUACUCGGUGCAAUCAAUCAAAGUGCAAACGGCGAGGACAUCAAAGAACUACAAGGUCGCCAACAGUAUAAAAUAACUACAGUUGACCUUAUCAUUAUAACUACCUCUACUACUUAAAGUUGAUCACGUUCGAUCCGUGCGACUGAAAUGGCAGUUUAUAACAAGAGAAUCCUGGAUGACAAGGCUAGCAGGUCUAAUAGCCAAUUACAAUCAACCUUACAUGCUCCGAAAGUACCUCGGGCAUGGCGCGUACGAAUCGGUCUUUCCCUUUUGAGGCUCAGCGGUCGUUUCAAUUUUUCAGGCUUGAGUCAUUGCUUAAUUUGCAAACACGCUCCACUCGAAAACAGACAGAUGGUGAACAUUUUUUAUUUAUUUGGCUGGAUUAACCUGAAACAGUAAAAAUAUUUUGCUGUUUAUCGUGUUUACCGUUUAUCGCGUUAGAAGGAAAAUGGCGGACGGAUUUUUACAAGACGGGUUUCAAAUUUGUUUUUUUUUUUUCUAAUUAUAUUUUUUUUAACUAUGAUUAUUGAACGUUUUAUAUAUAUAUAUAUAUUCUUUAUUUUUAUUACGAAUAGCGAAUUUCGAGAACUUUUUCAUAUUCUCAUAAGUUUGUGGAAAUCGGACAAUACUUAUAAUAAUAAUAAUAACAUUGAAAAUAUAUAACAAGGAGUCCUAAUUUGCACGCAGUUAAAUGAUACAGUGAUGUUUGGUGAUAACGCAAAACCCGGAAAAAAAUAACUUUACAGGAGAGAACGCUAGCGGACGCUCGAUUUGUAAUCCAAUGUAAACUUAGUAUAAUAUCAGAAUUAAAUAAAGCCAAAAUGCUGUUCUAAAAAAUAUUGCGGAUGUGUAAAAAAGCAAAUCAG